GAAAUAAUGAGAUGAAUAACGUCGACCCUACAUUAACACCACUGCAGACAAUUUCUCAAAUUAACUAUCUACUGUGUGGACAAUAUGCGGUUUUAAAUAAAACCCUGCGAGCUGUGGAAGUUCGCUGCUACGACGACAAGCCUGAGUCCGAAUACAAGGUAAAACUCUUUAAUUUCCUUAAUUAGUAUAGGCAUUGACCUAUUGAUCAUUAACUCUGAAUUAAAAUUGUAUUGCUGCGUAGUAACGAAUACAAUUCUGUUAUUAAUGUAACCACGAAGCGGGAAAAGAUAAGAGUAAAACAUUAAACUCCGUGUUAUCCGGUAAACAUUUUCGUAGAUCGUAUUUUAUAAAUUGUUAUGUUUUUCAGCUUUCUUCGCCCGAUUGUGCAUGCUUAGAUGGGUACAUGCGGAAUUCGGCCAACGUUUGCAUUAAAGCUGCAGACUGUGUUCCGGUGUCUAAUGGAUCCAGUUCCUCAAGAAGUGAACCAGUGGGAAAACGCAUUGUAUUCAUUAUUUGCAGCGCAAUCGUUGGUGUCGGGUACAUUAUGUCAUACAUCGCGAUCAUGUAUACAAUCGUGUAUUUCUUACGUUCUGGGUUGUCUGCCAAAAAUUGGAUGGUCAGAUAGAUUAAAUAAUUAUUAACUAUUACUAGUUUGUUUAAUUUUACAUCAUUUGGUAUUUUAGAGAUAAAACGUCAGAAGAAUCUGUCUAACAUAAAAACAUCUGUAAAUAAUAAUUUAUAGAACAGAAUAAAAAUCUUCAUCUGAUAUAAAAGUUCACCAAUCAUCCGUGUGCAAGUAAAACAUAUUGACCAACACUCUACACAGCAAUUUGAACAAUUUUGAGUCAUCAGACUCAAAGUGACUUAUGAUAUUGGUCAACAAUAAUGGUAAGUGUUAAGAUUUUCAUAAAAGAUGUAAAGAUGGUAGCAUUCAUCGUAGUACAGACGAGUACUUUUGAACGAUAUUACAUUACCCAGAGAGGAAAGUACGACGGGCCCAAGCUUGUAAGUCAGCCUUGGCCCAGCCUUUGUAACACUCUGGAAUGAUAACAUUGGGCCAGACCUGGUUGCUAGACCUGACCUAUGCUUUGUUGCCAGUCCUGGCACUGACUUUUUUACCAGACCUUGCCCAUGCCUCGAGGAAACGAAUAAAUUUAAUUAAAAAAAAAAUUUAUUAUUAUCAACCGCGUAGAAUUUAUGAUCAUUAACGUUGAAACUAUCUAAAGAAGGUAAAUGAUGUGAAAAAAACUCGGUGAUAAUUCUGCUGGGCUUCGGGCGCGAACUGCCGUCCUUCUGAUUGCUGGGUCCGAACGAUAGCUAGUAGACGAACCUACUAACUUUGAACUAAUACAUUUAUAUGAUUUACUUAUCAAACCAUAGGUAUAGCCAAACUCGGGUAAUUCUACCUUGGCUUAAGCCUGGGUUGCCAUUGAAUGGCCAAAGCUAGGUUCUCCAGUGCUGGGCCAAGUAGGGCCCUGUCGUUCAACUCUGGCGGCUCCUGCAUGGAAAGUUGCAUCAGCAGAAUACUCCACUGAUAAUCUUUAGGGCUCAAAAUUACAACAGUCUGACGCAAGUUUCUGGAUCAGAAAUAUGGAGUAAUAGGUACACAAUUCUCAUGCAAGAUAUGUGUUACAAGUUUUUUACACAAUAUUUCAGUUAAUUUCGAGCACUAUAAUGUUACACAUACAAACAAAUCUUGCGUCAGCAUUGCUUAAUAGUGUCACUGAAAAACUAGUCCUAAAUGUCAUGCAUGUUUGUACUUUUUAGUGCCAGAAAUAUAGUGCAACUUUCUUCAGAAGAUCAGUACAGAGAAAUAAUUAAUCUGUUUUUUAAGAGAGACCAAAAGUAGGUAGGGAAUGCAGGACUUUAGUGCGUCAUUCGAAACCACAAAUAUAUAUUAUUUUAAAUUCGAUUUCUGACGCAAACCCAAAAGCAGGAAAACCGCAUUGGAAUGUACGCCUGAUAAACGCUGAAAAAUAUUAUGAUAAUAUUGAAAUAAUGAUGGAAUAAAGUUCAUAUUUAGGCAUACAGCUUAAUUAAACAAUGUUUGGGUAAUUUAUCUACGUCAUUAAAUUGAAUUAUCAAUCCCUAUAUAAUCAGUAGCAAUAUUAAUCAAAUUCACAGUUGUAAAUUAGCUUUACUGUGAGAGAGAAGUGAAUACUAAACGCAACAUGACCUCAGUAAAGUUCGCACUUCUUCUAUGCGUCGCUUGCAUCGCCAUCAUUGGAAUUGAAACGUCACCCAUCAACGGCGACUCUUGGAAACUUGGCUUUUGUGGUGAAAACGAGGUCUACGAUUCCAUGCGGCGUGGGUGUGAAGAGAAUUGUGAUGAUCGCAACCCAACAUUCUGCUUUAAGUUUACGACAGUGUGCUGGUGCAAAAAAGGGUACAUUAGAAAUAAAUUGAAUACUUGCAUCGAAGUUGAAGAUUGUCCCAAUGUAUCUGCAGUCCUCGAGUUCCCCGAAACAAUCAUCGACACCUUCAACGUAUCAUAUGAAUGA